AUGGCCAAGCUGACAGAAUCCAUGACUAACGUCCUGGAGGGCGACUCCAUGGACCAGGACGUGGAGAGCCCCGUGGCCAUUCACCAGCCAAAGUUGCCUAAGCAGGCCAGGGACGACCUGCCCAGACACAUCUGCCGGGACCGGACCAAAAGGAAGAUCCAGAGGUACGUGCGCAAGGACGGCAAGUGCAAUGUGCACCACGGCAACGUGAGGGAGACCUACCGCUACCUGACCGACAUCUUCACCACCCUGGUGGACCUCAAGUGGCGGUUCAACCUGCUGAUCUUCGUCAUGGUUUACACGGUCACGUGGCUCUUUUUUGGGAUGAUCUGGUGGCUAAUAGCGUACAUCCGAGGAGAUAUGGACCACAUAGAGGACCCGUCGUGGACUCCCUGUGUCACCAACCUCAACGGGUUCGUCUCUGCUUUUUUAUUCUCCAUAGAGACAGAGACCACCAUCGGUUAUGGCUACCGGGUCAUCACGGACAAGUGCCCGGAGGGGAUCAUUCUCCUCUUGGUCCAGUCGGUGUUGGGGUCCAUCGUCAACGCGUUCAUGGUGGGAUGCAUGUUUGUGAAAAUAUCACAGCCCAAGAAGAGGGCGGAGACGCUGGUGUUCUCCACCCACGCGGUGAUCUCCAUGCGGGACGGCAAGCUGUGCCUGAUGUUCCGCGUCGGGGACCUCAGGAACUCCCACAUCGUGGAGGCCUCCAUCCGCGCCAAGCUGAUCAAAUCCAAACAGACCUCAGAGGGCGAAUUCAUCCCCUUGAACCAGACGGACAUCAAUGUCGGGUAUUACACCGGGGACGACCGGCUGUUCUUGGUGUCGCCGCUCAUCAUCAGUCACGAAAUCAACCAACAGAGUCCCUUCUGGGAAAUCUCCAAAGCACAGCUGCCCAAAGAGGAGCUGGAGAUCGUGGUCAUCCUGGAAGGGAUGGUGGAAGCCACAGGGAUGACGUGCCAAGCUCGGAGCUCCUACAUCACCAGCGAGAUCCUGUGGGGGUACCGCUUCACCCCAGUCCUGACGCUGGAAGAUGGGUUCUACGAAGUCGACUACAACAGCUUCCACGAGACCUACGAGACCAGCACCCCCUCCCUCAGUGCCAAAGAGCUGGCGGAGCUGGCCAGCAGGGCAGAGCUGCCCCUCAGCUGGUCGGUGUCCAGCAAACUCAACCAACAUGCGGAACUGGAGACCGAGGAGGAAGAAAAGAGCCUCGAGGAGCAGGCAGAAAGGAAUGGUGACGUGGCCAACCUCGAGAACGAGUCCAAAGUGUAG